CCCAAGAUGCACUGGAAUUUACAGUGGCCACUGGACGGGGGAAGGGAAGCUGAGAUUGGAGGGAGAAAUAGUCAGAAACUGAGAUACAUAUGACAGCCCCUCCUCAGGACUCUGGCCAUACAAGAACUCUAUCCAUGACCCAUGAUCUUAUUGUACACCUGCACUUCUUGCUUUGGACGUGUGUUACUGUUUCAUGUGAAGCUGAAGACAUAACAAAGCUUUGGUGCAAGUAAAUUAAACUGCAACUGUGCUGGAUUUGUCUUGAGUGCCAAAGUAAUGAUUUGUCUCGUACAAGGAGAGCCGAGCCCUGAGAAGCAAUGUCAUUGUGCGGCUUCCGUGCAUCUCUAAUGGGGCUGAGGAGUGAACUCAACAGCCAAGCAGAUCUGUGGAGGAGAGGAAGGAGGCAGGUUUCCAGCAAGCUUGUGUGUUGAUGGAUAGUCGUUUACUGAUUUCAACUGUUGUAGACUGAUACCUGCACAUAAACUCAAGGUUUGACUUUUGAGCAGCUUUAAAACUGGGCUGCCAUCAAAUUCACAGAAUCAUCGCUAUUGUCCCAAAAAAGAAAAGAUGGUUUGUAAGAGGAGCCCCAGUGACAGAUUAGAAAAAUCCUACUUGUGACUGUGGACGUGGAUUUCUCUGUUUAUAUGAGGAGAGAAGCAAGGAGACUUACAGUCACUCAAAAUGUGCUCUACAGACACCAUGGUGGCCCUUGCAUCAGCUCCUCAGCCCAUCUCAGUUUGUGACUACAGAAGCCUUUAGAGGCCAGGAUCAGGAACACACUUGCCAGCCAACACCCUCAUAUGCAAUGGAAGAAGACAUUGAUGUCACAGCCCACACUGAGGGCCUGAACGGUUUGUCCCAUGAAUGUAAACCAUUAGAAGUAAUCACCAAUGGACACUCUAACCAUAAGCCUGUCAUGAAUGGACUGAUAACAAGUCAUGAUGUCAAAGACCACACCAAUGGCAGUGCACCACUCAGAUCCCUGCCGAUUUCAGUGCUGAAGCAGAGCUGUCUCCUGCAGACCCUGGCAGCUGGAGGGGACCAGCCUAAGCCUGAAGAGGAAGAUGAGGAUUUGGAAAAGGCCAGGCAGGAGUGGGACGCUCUGGAGAACGUUCAACAAGCUCUCAGUGAGGAUUCAAACCCGACCCCACUCAUUUCCUUCAAUGAAGCCCUGCAGUUCUUUCAGACCACAGACCUUGGGGACUUGCUGAAGAACAUCCAGCCAACCAUUCGCAGGACCGGUCUGGCUGCCAUCACACACUUUCUGUUCGGACCUCCUCGGCUGCACAGAGAGCUCCUGGAGGAGAGGGAUCUGGUUUUUGCCAUUGCACAGUGCCAUGUGGACAACAGCCAAACAGUCCACAUGCGUGUCCUCCAGACCAUUUAUAAGAGGCUGAUUGGCAGCAGGCUGGACUGUCCUCGCUAUGGGGCGCACUGGGAGAACAUCGGCUUUCAGGGUACAGAUCCAGCCACUGAUCUACGUGGCACUGGUUUCCUGGGACUGAUGCACACUCUCUACUUCGUGAUGGACCCAGAAACUCUACCGCUGGCUAGAGACAUCUACAAGUUAUCACAACACCCAACACAGAACUUUCCAUUCAGUGUGAUGUCCAUCAACAUGACCCGCAUCGCUCUACAAGUACUCAGAGAGGAAGCCCUGUCCAAGGAGUGCAAUCGUCGUCAGCAAGUGGUCGGUGUGCUUAAUGAGUUCUACGUUGCCACGUAUCUGCACCUGUACCAACUGUGGAAGACCCAAAAUAAGACCAUUGUUGACUCUGGCUUUGUACUAAAAGAAGUGGAGCUGUUUGCCAAAAAGAACCCCAAGCAGAUGCUACGCCGACUAGAGGUCUUCCUGAAAGAGAAGCGGGCAGGUGGAAUCCCACGUGGGACGUCGCCAGACCCUCAAGCCCAGCAGUCCUCUCCCAGCCUGGGGGAACGAGGGGCCAGAGCUGGGACUGGAAGCAAGGGAAAGGAGAUGCACUUCAUAGGAGUGUGUGAUCUACCGCCAGACAUGGAGGGAGAGGCCAGACUCAUCUAAGCUAGACUCUUGUAUGAGUGUGAAUGUGUGUGUGCUAGCAAUCCCGUUUGUGAGUAUAUCUAUUACAGUAUGUGCGUGUGGCUUACUCUCAGAGAACUAGAACCCCAUCAGACCCUGAUCCAGGACCUGCUAUUUGAACCCAUUCAAACACUUCCGCUCCUUCCGCUGAUGCUGGGGUGCUGCACUUUGAUCAGAUUAAUCUUAGGGGUCUCUCAGAGUUAUAUAAGAUUUUUUUUUGUUAUUCAAUGAUUUUUUUAAAAAUAGAAAAUAAAGACCAGAUAUAUAUAAAGAGGUUAUGCAGGUCAGAAACACAAGAUGUCACAAAAACAGCAAGAAAGUGAAUGUUUGCACUUUUCUGUGGAUUUAGUAGCCAAAUCAAUUGCUGCCAAAUUCUUGUGGUUAAACUUUACCUGCCUAGAAGUCCAAAACAUACACACUCUUGUCCCUAUGAUCUCUCUGUCAGGGUAUGUCAGGGUUAUAGAAGUGGGAGCAUGGCUUGUCCUCUCCUCCUGAGAUACAGUUCUUUUAUGUGAGAGUGCUAGCGGCUAAUAAAUGCAAGCUAAGGGCUGCCUUGUCAGACCUCUUGUUAAACGCUCUGUUGAUGAGAGAGAUAUGAACCAGGUUGAAGCUACACAGAAGCAGAUUGUCCCUCAGCAUGAAUAAAAAGCUGCAGAUAGAAAACCCUCUGCGAGUGCUGAAUAUUUUUAGCGCGGUUAAAAUUUGCUCAUAGAGGCUGUUCUUAAAUGUAUCAAACAGAAGACUUUAAAUGCAGCUUUCUUUGAAGGUCCAAUCUCUUGGAUUAUUCUUUAGAUCUUGAAUGAAAUAUAAUUUAUGUGAAAGAUGAAUGGGCACUCAGUCCCGAUGUGUGGAAGUGUAUCCCAAGUGUUGGUGUACCCUUGGUGUCUGAUAGAUUAGGUGCAGAGCUCCCAUGUGAUAUGGGGGAUUAUAUUUUAAAUAAUUAAAUAAAAAUUAUUCAGUCUUUUCUGAAGGGGACAGAUGUAGUAUGCUAAUUGAUGGAUGCCUGGGAGGUGAAUUAUUACAAAAUCACCUCUGAAAAUCCUCCAUAACUUUUGUCACGUUUAGAGCUGCAGAGACACUUUCAGAUCAAAGAGUGUGUAUUUGGUUUGGUCCCAGCUAAAGUCUAAGAUCUGGUAUGAGCUUCCUCUACAUUCCGUUAUAAAGCAUGUGAUUGUAAUUUCUUUUGACCAGUUCAAAAUUUAUUCCAGUGUGUGUGUUUGUGUGAAAUGAAAUGAAUGAGCUGGUAUUGAUGAAGGGUGCCUCUCCUCGGAGAUGUAUGGUACAGUAUGCAAUCCCAGCUCCGACUCAAUGAUAAUCAAACGAUAGUGCUGUGUGACGAUAGAAAUCGUUCCUUACUUCAGGGUUUGUGCGCGUGUGCAAGUGAAUGUGUUUGUGUGUGAGUGUGUGUGUGCGUGCGUGCGUGUGUGUGUGUGUGUGACAGGAACUGACUACAGAUGGGGUGUUUUCCUCUGCACACAAUAAGCCAGCUUUACUAAGUACUUGAUCCAUCAAGCUGCACAGGCGGUACUUCAGUUAUUUUAAAAAUGGUACAUAACAUUUCUGAAGGAAAAUAUUCUUUGGUUUGCUUUAAACAAAAAAAAAAACAUACAGCUGGUUUCAGAAUGGGUAGAGCUCCUCAGCAAAGCUGGUUCCUGCUCUGUGCUAAUGUGAAACUGUCUCCCAUCGUCGUAGUCUCAAUCCGUAGCAUGUUCAGGUAGCACUAGUACUGUAGCAUCUUAUAGCCUCCUCCUCUUCGUAAAGCUUGUUGAUGUCAUGUCUCAGUUACAGUCCGUAGUGUCGAUGAGCGCGCAAACUGUUAUUGCUAUAGCACAUUUGUUUCCUAUUUGCAUUAAGUCUCCUUCAGUAGAUACACUUGGGGUGGCGCAGCGUAUGUUCUGGAGAGAUGUGGGACAGGCUUGAAAUGUUUUGAUUGAGCUCAGUUUGUCUUCUAAGAAGGUACAAGUGAAAAAGGUGCCUACAUCCAGUGGAGCCAUAUUGAAGGAGAGUGCUGGUUGCUUCCUUUUUUUUUUUUUUCUCUUCUAUUUGAGCCACCGUGCCACAUUCAACUCCCUCCAUUCAUGUAACGCAGUAAAGAUAGUUGAUGUGACCCUUAAAACAUGCAGGCCUCAUUGAUAUAUACAUACAAAUACAAACACCCAGGCAUGUACAUUUUCUGUGAUUGCAUCUAUUCAAACAGUUGUACUCUGCCAUCUCCUGUCUCCACCAUUACUUCAAAAACGAGCUGGUGUAGUUUAGCCGAUUGUUUGCAAGUGUUUUGACUGAACAGAAAAAUUUGCACUGUUGUAGAUAUUUGAUAGUAUGUGUGAUGUGUGCAAGAGGAAACAGGCCAUCUUCAAUAGCCAUAAUGUUCAUGAACCCCCGCGUCAUCAACCAGGCUUCAUUAAGUCCCCUCCAGGCUCUUAAAACAAGUUGCACCACAAAUAUGAUCUCACCUUUAGUUUUGUUAAAUUUUAAACUGAGGAGCAGUACAGUGUAUGUAAAUCAGGAAGUUUGUAUAUAGAGAUUUAAUGAUUGUAACUGUAUGAUUGUCUGUAGGGCAUUAUACUGAAACAUUGCUUACCUCAAGACUUGAGACAAAUCUCUUCUUUCUCUCUCUCCUCUCAGACUCUUUUUAUGUUUCCCUCUACCUAGGCCUUCUCUCAUACUAAUUGGACAAGUUAUAUAAUGUAUAUCCAACACCUGAAGCACUAUGUAAAAGCAAACUAACACAAAAAGCUGGUCAAUGUUACGUGUAUUCUAUUUAAAGACACAUUUAUAGAUUCUAUAUAGGCCCACUCACGCUCUGAUGAUGCACAUCUGCAGAUGAAAAAUGUCCUUUUUAAAAUGAUCCGUAAUUGGCUAAUGUUUGAAAUAAGCUGAUUUUCUUGUGGCUUCAGUGAUGGUACAGUAUACUUUAGCUGUGUUUAAGUGUUUGAUGUCCAGGAAAACACUCAGAAACAAUCCAAUCUUUACAGCUACAGGCACAAAUAAACGGUUGAAUAUAUGAUUGUAAAGACAUAGGCUUGAUUAGCAGUCAUAAGCUGUGUAUGCUUUGAUCUUGAUAUUUAUUGGAUAUCCAAACAAGGCCUGAUUUGUCCUCUCAUAUUACGUAAAAACUCGUAUUUUUUGCAGAUUGAAUAGAUCAUAUUCUAAUGUGUUGGUCAUCAUUUAGAAAUCUCCUCAGUUGUGAAACCAGAACCAAGUUUAAAAAAAAAAAAAAAAAAAAAGGACGGGUUCUUGCAGGAUGUCGGAUGCUCUGAGAGGUGUGGUGUGUAGAUCAGCAGCUCGGCAAAUACAAUCACUUCUCAAGAUCCUGCGCUUUAUAUGAAGGUGUUUUACUGUUGCCGUUGUCGUCAAGUCCCUCAGAGCAUUUUAUGACUGUACCUUGAUUGUAGAAGCCCUAUUUUAUACUGAGAGUAAUUUCAGAAUACAGUAUGUGCUGUUGUACAUUAAAUGUAUUGUAUGGAGAAAGCUAAAUAAAUGCUGUUUAAAAACGAA